AUGGCCAUGAAGGUAGAUCUUAAAAAAGCCUAUGAUUCAGUCAAUUGGAAUUUCUUACAACAGAGCAUGAAGGUGUAUGGUUUCAGUGAGAAGUGGUGUAAAUGGAUAAUGAAUUGUGUGUCUACUGCUAAAUUUUCAGUCCUGUGUAAUGGUGUCCCAGCUGGUUACUUCUCUUCAGGGAGGGGGUUGAGACAAGGUUGCCCUUUAUCCCCCCUUCUCUUUACUCUUAUAACAGAUUAUUUUUCAACUCUGAUGCAAGAAAAAAUUGCUGCUGGUCACUUGAAGGGUUUGAAGAGUGCUGAUUGUAGGGGUUUAUUUGACAAAGUUACUGCGAGACUAGACCAUUGGAAUACAAUUAACCUCUCUCUUGCAAGAAGAAUUGAACUAUUCAGAUCUGUUUUGUAUUCAUUCUUGUACGAUUGGAUUUUUGGCUUCAAAAUUCCUUGGGGGUGUAUUAUCACACUAGAGAGGAAGUUCAAACAUUUUUUGUGGAGUGGGAAGCUUGAUGUAAAGAAGAUGUCACAAUUAAAAUGGAGUCAAGUCACUUUACCUUAUGCAGAAGGAGGUUUCAAUUUGUGCAGAUUAAUAGAUGUUGAUUAUGCAGCAAAAAUUGUUGCUGGGACUUUGUGA